GUGCACACUUCCUGUUCAAAAACACUUUCUUCAAGCUGUAAACAGACUGUCUGUGGCUUAUAUCUAAUGAAAAUAUGUCAGUAAGGUUCUUGUUAGUACUUUGAGAAGUGCUGUGAUUUAUACAUCGGUAUGGGGAGCUUGCCCAGCAAGAAAAGCUAUACUACUAUAACAGCAAGUAUAUCCAACCUACAAGCAAAUCCCUUAGCUACAGCAGCAUAUGUACCCGGACCGGUAGUGGACAAGUGUGUCUUUGUGGCUUUGUACAAUUUUCCACUCGGUGGUCAACCAGGUUUCACAGUUCGUGUCGGAGAGCAACUGCACCUACUUUUUGAGGAUGGUGACUGGUGGAAGGUGGCAUCGAUUUCCACUGGCAAAGAAUGUUACAUGCCAAAAAAAUACAUUGCCAAAGUAUACAACAGCUGGCUUUAUAGUGGUAUAAAUCGGGAAAAAGCUGAAGAAUUGCUAAUGCUAAAUGGCAACCACGUCGGUUCCUUUUUGAUACGAGAAAGCGAAACUAGAAAAGGGUGUUUCAGUUUGUCCAUCAGACGAGCCAAUCAAGCUUCACGGGAUGGAAUCAAACAUUACCGUAUCAAUAGCCUAGAAAAUGGUUGGUUCUAUAUUUCUCCUCGUUUGACCUUUCCAACGCUUCAAGAAUUGGUGGAUUACUACUGGGAAUCAGCGGACGGCAUAUGCUGCGUUUUGAAGGAACCUUGCGUUAUAUUAGGAAUUAACAAUUCAGUGAUUCACAGUGAUUAUGAACCGGUGAUGGUCCGGAACCCGACUCUUAAUUGGAAAGAACUAGAUAGCUCUGCACUCUUUAAGGAAGACAAUGGAUUAGGUGAAGAUUGUCCGGUCAGCCUUGGACUCCGAGAAGCAGUCAGUUCUUACAUGUUCAUGACGGAAGACUUUAAUUCAAAAAGUGCUGCAGAAAGAGAACACUUAUGGAGGACAUUUUAGUAAUUACAGCCGGAACGAUUCAUGAUGAUAUUCUACUGCCAGACAUGCCUUCAAAAUGGUUUCAAAACUUUUUGGGUGGAGCUCUGGAAAUGAAUGAACUUCCUUAAAUAUGAUCAGUCUUGAACUGUUCUGGAACAGCUCAAACGUUGCAAGAUGCAACUUCUUGUCAAUACUAUACUACAAAAUGAAUUCUAAUUUUUACAAAAUUAUAUUUAUUGCAGCUGUGCUGCACUUUAUGUGUACAUAUCUUAUAUUGUAUUUUAUUAUUCUGUAUUGUAUUCUUUGUUGUCUUAUUCUACAAUAGUAGAGGGGAAAUGUCAGAUUAUAAAAUUGUAUAUAAAGCAGUAGAAUUCUAAAAUCCCUAGACUCAAAAUCUACAGUAAAGAAAUGUAUUUUAUAUAAUGAUUGUUUUUGUUGAAUAAAUCAUUAUUUUUACCCCGUUAUGUACAGUUGCUCUAAAUAGUCUAGUACCAGACUAGCAGCAAUAUGAGGUUUAUAUUAUGUGGCUUCAAAUUGCUUGAAUGGGAAGCCUGUGUGGGACCAAUUAUAUAAUUAUGACCA